UUUUGUUUUCGCGAUAGGUCUUUUUUUUCUUUUUCUUCUAUAUCUAUCUUCAAAUAACUAUAUGAUCAUCAGGUAGCUGAGAUGGUGGGUGAUAAUUCGGAGAAAGAGAUUGUUGGAAUGAUUAGGGGUUGCAUCAAAACCGUCACUUGUUCCAAAAAGCUCACCAGAAAUGGCAGUAAGUGUAAGAACAACAAUAUAGACACUCCAAAACUCAGCCCCAUUUGCACCAAACUCGCUUACAUUCUAGGUCUCCGAGUUUCUCCUUCUCACAGGAGAAAAGGUAUUGGGUUGAAGCUGGUUAAGGAAAUGGAGCAGUGGUUCAUAAAAAAUGGAGUUGAGUACUCAUACAUAGCCACUGAUAAAGAUAACAAACCCUCCCUUAAUCUUUUCACGCAAAAAUGUGAUUACACUAAGUUUCGAACCCCAUCAAUUUUGGUCCAACCUGUGUUUGCUCACCGAGUCAAGUUCCCUAGCCGAGUUACAAUAAUCAAACUCACCCCAUCUGACUCAGAGAGGCUCUAUCGCCACCGAUUCUCCACCACCGAGUUCUUCCCCAGAGACAUUGAUAGGAUUCUCGAUAAUAAACUCAAUCUGGGUACUUACCUAGCUAUCCCAAGAGGGUCGUUCUCGGCUGAGUCAUGGCCGGGUUGGAACGAGUUCUUAUGUGAUCCGCCCGAGUCAUGGGCAAUUAUGAGUGUUUGGAAUUGUAAAGAGGUGUUUACGUUAGAAAUAAAAGGCGCGUCACGUGCACGGCGCUUGGCAGCUAAGGCUACACGCGUGGUGGACAAGGCGUUACCGUGGUUGGAAGUGCCUUCGGUUCCUGAUGUUUUUAGGCCAUUUGGGUUGCUUUUUAUGUAUGGGUUAGGAGGUGAAGGUCCACGUGGAGGGAGUUUGAUGAAGGCCUUGUGUGGCCACACGCAUAACUUGGCAAAAGCUAAUGGUUGUGGGGUGCUGGUGACUGAGGUGGCAAGUGGGGACCCGUUGAGGUUAGCAAUACCACAUUGGAAGAGGCUAUCUUGCGCCGAAGAUGUAUGGUGCAUCAAAAGACUUGCGGGGCAUUAUAGUGAUGGGCCUGUUGGUGAUUGGACCAAAUCCCAACCUGGCCUUUCCAUUUUUGUGGACCCUAGAGAGUUCUAAAAUUUGAGUGACUCAAUUAAAACUCACACUAUCCGAAGUGCCCGAGUUCACUCUAAACCCAAGUUCACAAAAUGCUUGAAUAUCAACUUAUAAUUAGAUUUUGGAACAUAACGGGUACUUGCUAAAAAAUUAUUUAAAUAUGCCAAUCACGAUUUGAGUGUGUUCCUCGAGUUACUUGAACUGUAACUUAUA